GAGGAGUUGCUUGAACAGGAGUGUGUGUGUUUUUGAGAGGCAGUCAGCCAGAGAAGUGUAUUAGUUUGAAAAGGUUUUGGAUUUAUUCUUUUUCCCUUUUUGGAAUACUGUACCAGUGAUUGUCAAGUCUUCAUCAUAAUCAACACCAAGUAGAUCGGAAGUAAUGUCUUCCAAGCCCAUAGAAAGUCCUCCACCUUACGAGGCAGAUCAUGGUAUCAUCCCUCCACAGCCAGCCUAUUCUUACUACCCAGAUGACGAGUUCCAGCAUUUCUAUCGCUGGUCGUCUCCACCAGGCAUCCUCAAAAUUAUGGCCGUCAUUUCCAUUAUAUCGUGCAUAGGCAUAUUUGUUUGUGUUGCCUCCACACUGGCCUAUGACACUCAGGGAGCAUUUUCUAACUUUGCAGGCAUUGGUGGAAGCUAUGGUGGAGGCUAUGGUGGAAGCUAUGGUGGAGGCUAUAGCGGAGGCUAUGGCGGAGGCUAUGGCAGCUAUGGCGGAGGCUAUGGCGGGUACAACAUGUAUGGUUACAGCAACUAUGUUGACCCACGGUCAGGCAAAGGGUUUAUGAUUGCAAUGGCAGGCAUUGUGUUCAUCUUCUCCCUUGCAGUCUUCAUCAUCAUCAUAUCCCGUCAGAGCCUAUCAGAGAGCAGGAAGUUCUACCUAGCUCUAAUUAUCAUCUGUGCCAUCCUAGCGCUGCUCAUGUUGAUAGCCAGCAUAGUCUACCUGAUGGCUGUGAACCCCACAGCACAGUCAGCUGGGUCGUAUCAAAGCAUGACUAUUGCUGGGCUGUGUGCUCCGUACACCCAGAUGCAAGGUGGAACAGGAUUUGUUAAUGAAUACCUUUACCACUACUGUGUGGUGGAGCCACAAGAGGCCAUUGCCAUUGUGUUAGGCUUCGUGGUGACUGCAGCUCUGAUUAUAAUGCUCGUCUUUGCAGUGAAGACGCGCCAGAAAAUCCUAAAUUUUGGCAAGAGCAAUAUUUUGUGGAAGAAAGUGAAAAUCAUCGAUGACUUGGGACCACCUCAGGAUGUAGAGGAAUGGGUGAAGAAUGUGUCCUCCGUGCCUGGAGGAGUUCCGAUUUCAGACUACCCUGAUAAACUAAGGGGCUCCAGGAAUGAUCUGGAUGAUGAAAGCACCAACUAUGAGAAACCACCGUACAGUUACAGCCCUCCGUCUGUAGUCCAGGACCUGCCGCUGCAAAACGGCACUCUCCACAGCAGUAUCUCGGAGGUGGGGAGUUCAAAUGGACUUCCCAAAACGAAACGACCAGGUCGGCCUCGCCGCACAGAUGGUCAGGACUACGACACAGACUACAACUCCUCUGGAGACGAGCUGGACGAUGAUGACUUUGACAGUGAGUUUCCUCCAAUAGCAAAUGAGCAAGAGCGCAACAACUACAAGCGUGAAUUUGACCGCGACCAUCAGGAGUACAAAGAUCUGCAGGCAGAGCUUGAUGUCGUUAACAAGAACCUCUCAGCAGUGGACAGAGAGCUUGAUGAGCUGGAGGAGGGAAGCCCACAGUACCUGGAUGCUUUGGAUGAGUACAACAAGCUAAAGAAAAUGAAAAAGUCGGCUGAUUAUCAGGUGAAGAAGCGCAGAUGUAAAUACCUGAAGUCCAAACUGAACCAUCUUAAGAAGAUGGUCAGCGAUUAUGACCGCAGGACCUGAACAAACCUGUGAGGAUUGUACACCAGUCUGAGUGGACAGAAGGGACUAACUCAAGCCGCUCUUGGAUUAACAGCAGGAUGAAUCUAUGAUUACUUACAUUGUAUAUGUUACAACAGUCUGAUUGUUUGUAUUUUAGUAGAAAACAAAUACUGUCUUAAAUUUCGCAACUGUUUGUAUUAUCAGUAUGAAACAUAGAUUGUAUAUAUGUAUUUGCCUUGUGUGAUCUGAUGUAAUAGAGUUCUGCUGUAUUGGCUUUCGGCUGUUACGCAUAAAAUCACACAUAAUCUGAGGGUUUAUUAGCUUUUACUCACAGUAACUUGUUUUAACCGUCUCUUAAAUUUUAAUUGCAUUCUUAUUUUACACGGUAAAUAAAAAUAUGUAAAUAUGUAGGGAACCGUUUUUAGCAGUUUGUGGUAAUAAGUUCCUUCUGUUGUUUUAAAAUGUGCUAUGUCUGCUGAGGUCUGUUUCUUUAUGGAUGACAGAACAGACAGUUUGACCAGGCACGUUUAAUGUAUAAUGAUGUUUUUUAACAAUGGUUUGGUGGUACAUUUUUAAUAUAAUAUAAAUAAAGUUUGUUUUUUUUCAUCUCAA